AGAAAUAUUAAAACACUAUGUUGUCUAGCAACCUAUACAUCUCCGCGUUGUGUUCUAAGAAAUAUUGUAAACUUUAUUUCCACUACUUAGAUUUAGAAUCUAGAUCUUCAUCAAUACGAAUUAAUGUGUAAAAAGACAGAUCCGUCUGAAGAACUGUCACAAGUCAAUCAUCAAUCAUUCAAUGUAAUCAAACACGUUGGUGACGUUAGCAUCGUUCAACACACUUCACUAAAUUCACUAAAUGCAGAAUAGAUAAACAUUUUCAAGUAAAAAAAAUUAGUUUAAAAAAAAUUUAGUCUAGCGAUACUUUUGGUUUAUUAACAUUGGAUCAUGUCUCGAGCAGCUGGCACAUUGAUAACAACAAAUAAUGCAACUUACAUUCCACCUCGAUUUAUGCCUGGGUAUCGAGGAUAUUGUCCCACAAUAAAAUAUGAUUAUGGAGAGACAUAUGGAAACCAGACUGCUAAAUACUUCCAGGAUUACAGAUCUUCUGUGUUAAACAGUUCAGCUGACCCUUAUGCCAAGGGUGGACAGUUCCCUACUGUGUAUUCUCACAAUCCAGAUCUAGUUAUAAGUAACAGAACAAGAACACAGGAUCGUUGGCUUCUGGCACCUAAAUAUCAGCUGAGUAAUGUAGAUCAUGAUCGUAAAGAAGAAAUAUAUCAGUUUAACAGACUGGCCAAUGCACACAGAGAACAUUACACAGACAAAUCAGGUACUGUCAAACCUGUGGACUAUUUCAGCAUCCCAACCAGCGGAGAGAGACAGUUUAAAAAGAUUGUUACUUUUGACAAGUCCUAUCCAAAUUACUAUCAAGAUGUCAGCUUGCCUUCAAUUCAAACAGGAAGUCAAGCUCUUUCUCAGCAUCAUCCACCCAUGGUCUCUACUCAGCGAAACCGAGCCAUGAGAAAUGUUUUCUUUGAAAGGCGAUAAAUCUGUUAGACAGUUGUUCUAAAGACUAUGGCUGAAAAAAACUCAUGACAACUCUUGGUUUUGUUUAUUUCUUUUACAUUAAACAGUAUUAUCAUUCUCUGUCCAUUUCUCCUAGCAAACUAUUCUCAUCAUUUGUACAUUAGUUUUAUGUUUGACAAUAUCAUAAAAUUCUUCAUUAAAUAAAGCAUGUGUAAUAAAAUUGUAUAUAUGCCUGGGUGUAUGACUUUGUUUUACAAGUAAACGAAUUCCUUAGUAUGUAAAUCUAAUGCUGAAAUUCUAAAUUGCU